AUGCAGCGUGUGACAGCAGCUCUGCUGUGGCUCGCUAAUGAGACGAGGACCUGUCCACAGGAGGGGGCCGCCUGCCAAGAGCUGCACCGUGCCUCCAGUGAUGAGGGGUGUGAGCGCUGUGCUGGGGGUGUAGGAACUUCAGAAGCCAGAGGCGUAGAUAAGAUGAUUUUAGUCCCUCCUUCAGAGAACAAAGGCCUGACGAUACGCUGCUUUAAAUACCUCAGGACACUCCUGACUGCACUGCUCUUUCCGUUUGUGACACAUGCUGUGGGCUAA